AGCCAUAAGCACGGUGUCCUCCUGUGUGGACACAGCCAUGCCCUUUUUUUUUAUGCGCCCACGUCACCUGUAGAGGUCCCCCUUCCACCAGAUGCACGCGCACCUUUGUUGCACCUCCUCCUCUGGCUCCAAGCAGCGGAGCGCGGGGCAGGACGUUUUCAGAGGAAACACCCGCAAGAGCUGAGGGUGAGCUCAAGGAGAGAGUCACAGAGGAUGCUGCAGCUGACGCGCGGGACUCUUCACUGCUCUUCGCGCUAUAGGCUACCUACUGUGAAGUCCAUCCGGUUCGUCUCAGAGACCUCCGCGGACCCCCUUGUUCUUCUGCGUGGGUUUGUCCUUGCUGCAUGCCGGGAUGCCCACCGCACCUCUCCUCGCGCUCUUCUCCGUUUUGCUGGGUGUGCUGACGACAUGUGCCCAGACAGAGAUGAAGAGGGUCGUUGGAGACAACGCCACACUACCCUGCCACCAUCAGUUCUGGGCGGGGGAUGACCCCACUCUGGAUAUUGAGUGGCUGUUUCUCAAGCCAACCAAUAGGCAGAGGGUGGUGAUCACCUACUUUGCUGGGCGGGUUUUUGACCCAAAUGAGGCGGAGCGUGGUCGUGUCGCCUUUGCUGGAGAGUACUUAAAAGGGGAUGCGUCCUUGCUGAUCAGUGACUUGUCUUUGACUGACUCAGGAGAGUACAGCUGCAAAGUUAAGAAUGGUGCACAAUACCACUGGAGCACCAUCAGCCUCAUUGUCCUGGUUAAGCCGUCCAAGCCGCGAUGUUGGAUGGAGGGGAAACUGUUGGAGGGCGGUGAUGUUAGGAUGAGCUGCAAGUCUGCUGAUGGCUCUGACCCCGUCCUCUAUAAAUGGGAGAGGCUCAUGGACAAGGGCAAGUAUGUUGGCAAGCUGCCUCCACUGGCCCUCUUAGAUCUUAAGAACCCGGAGAUUGUAACGUUGAGGAAUUUGACCAAAGACAGCACAGGAGUCUAUAAGUGCACAGCCAGCAAUGAUGUUGGCGAGGAGAGCUGCACGCUGGAGGUCAAGAUGCACUAUGUCAGGGGAAUGGGUGUGGUUGCAGGGGCAGUUGUUGGUGUCUCCUUUGGAGUCCUCCUCAUAAUCCUAAUCAUCUGGUUGGUGUUCCGCAAAAAGGAAAUGAAGAAAUAUGAAGAGGAGGAGACCCCAAAUGAAAUCAGGGAGGAUGCUGAGGCUCCUAAAGCCAAACUGAUGAAGCCCAAUUCCCUCUCCUCGUCCCGCUCAGGCAGCUCUCGCUCAGGCACCUCCUCCACCCAGUCAAUGGUGCACAACAUGGGGCCCCGGGGCACAAGACCAUGUAUCCCUGCUGUGGCCACCCUCAAGGAAAACUGCCAAGCCUCCACCUUCCCUCAGACUCCACCUGCCUACCAUCAGACUGUUCCCAAGACUCCUGAACCCCGUUGCACACUCACCCCCACAGCUACUUCCAACUCCAAGCCCAGCACUCCACCUAAACUGGGUCCUGGGAACCUGACCCGCAUGGGGGCUACUCCUGUAAUGAUCCCAGCCCAAACCAAGGCCUUCCAGACUGUGUAGAUAAGAAGGAAUCAUCCAGAAGACAAAGCAGCCUCAGGAAAGUGCCACCAGUUUAAGAUCCAGUUAUAUAAUGGAAAUUCAUUCUCACCGUACACAGGUUGAUGGAGACCUACAGCAGUUUAUGCUAAGUUUACAGGAGCAAACUUCCUCUGCCGUUGUAUAUCGACACACUGUCUCCUGAGCAACAUCUGGACCAAGGUGGUGUUUUAUGGGAAUCAGUGUCGACUAAAGUGAAGCAGAGAUGACUGUGUGAAGCAGGUAGUGGGGUGGAGCAGAUGAAGUGGACGGAGUGAGAGAUUAGAGUUCUUUAGGUAAAAAGACGUAUAGAGCACGUCUACAACAGUAUGUUUUUAACAACCUUAGACACUUUCUUCAUACACAUUAAACACCCUGCACCUGAACUGCUGACUGGACUUACACUGUACCAUGUUGGAGUACAUAAAAGGAUGAAUGCCUCUGAUUGUAUAAACAGACUUCUCACACCCAUACACACCUCUUUCACACUGUUACAUGUGUCUCUGCUUCCUCCGUGCCCACGUGUGCUCAUAUGUAGACGAGCCGGCUUUUUUUCUUCAGUAGUUGACUGGAUUCACUCAGCAAAUGUUAAUUCUGUCCACACCCGAGGAGUCCUGGCUCGGAGAGAAGUCAGAGCAUGACAGACGUUUUUGGAUAUUUAAAUUGCCAGUUGAGGAGUGCUGAUCAUUUUGUAGAUUGUUACAGGGUUUAGAUGAGACCCUACUGAGAAAGUGCCACAUCAUGACGGUUUACAUUGGUUUAGUUUCUUCUGUCUUCUUCUUAUUCAGUCCACCACUCAAGUAAAGAGAAACUGUAUGAAUGUGAUGCUAAACCAUGUGAUUUUUUUUUUUCCUCAGCAGUUUGAUAUGACUGAAUUAUUUGUCAACACUUCAGAACUUUAAGUAAUGUUCCCUUCGACUUUCUCUGGUCACAUGCAUGCCACACAUACCUGCAUGUGUGAUAAUCACACAAGUACAUUGCUAUUAAAUCUGAAUCAAUUCUCCUUCACAGGGAGCAUGACACUUACAGUAUGGGGGAUAAAGUCUACACCAGCCACGGCCAUCUGACAGAGAUGCUUUUGCUCUACCAGCACUUCAUAUACAACAGCUUCAUGUGGUCCUACAUGUUAUAACUUGACGACCUAAAGGUUCUCCUGUAGUGUCAGAUAUUCACCUGCAGGGCUCCAAUUAGCAAUUAUAGUAACCAAUUGAGUUAGUAAUUAUACAUUAUGUAACGUCCUGCUAUACUCUACAAAUGAAGAAAUCUAGUGGACAAUAAUAAUAAAGAAACUUCAAGGUACCUUUCAAAACAAUGCUGUCAAGAUAGUGAUACCAAAAUAGUAACUCCCACUUUGGCCGGGAAUACACUGUAUGAUUGUAAAAAUGUUGUGGUGGAAUGUCGUCUCACACUGUUCGAGCCGAUCGUUUACAACACACAGCCAAAGCUCUCGAUUUAUUCCUUCACACUGGACAGUCAGAUUGUCAACCAUGACCUGAGCUCACACUGAACGUGUACAAUUAGGGCAGAGCAUUUAUUGUACAUACAGUUUUAUUUGAAAACUCCCACAGACAGGAGUUGAAGCCAGAUCGAUGUGUAUUUUAGUUGUGUCGUAUGCGCGACUCAAAUAUAGACACCGCCAAAAACACUCUCACUCUCUCUCUCACACACUCAGCAUUAAACACGAGCUAACUAGCAAGCUAAAUCAUAGCAAAUAUUCCCUGGCAGCUGGAGGUCCGCAUCCUGUUAAAAUCAACAUUUCUCUUCUUUAUAUCUUUAGUGAUAGAAGGGGGAAGAUGCAUCAAACUGGCAUCUCUGCUGUUGCCAACUUUUGUGUGUGUGUAUUAAGCAGCAACCUCUGGUGAAAAAUUAAGCCAAUGCAAAAGUCCAAAAAAACUGCAAUUGCUCAAACUUCCACUUGAGGUUGACUGCAAAAAUCCCAGAAGUCAUAUACCCAUUCUAAAAUGCCAAUUUUACAGUAGAAACAAACAUGAUAAGAGCCUGGUACAAACGACGAUAGUUCAUUUCUUUAUUGUCACACACUGAAGACGAGGCAAAACGGCUGAUCUAACUGCAAGCGGGCAUGUUGUUGUUGUUGUUUGUAAGCAGGGUUAAGGCCUGCCUCAGCUGUAUCUCUUUGCCUGUUAUUAGGUUGACUGAAAGUUAUGUUGAGCUAGAGAUAGUAUUUUCAAUAUGGCCAAGUAAUUCCCCUUCAGUAACCAAUGGUUGACGUUACUGAGACUACAUCCAUGUUUUAUACUACAUAUGGAGUGUUUGCAGUCAUACAACCAUAAUUUCAAAGAUGCCAGAAAUUCAUCCAACUGGUUGACGGGCAUCUGAUCUAACUGUGACCGGCACUCAUACCCCUCUGUACACUGCACACAGUCCAACUUCAAAAUCAGUGAUAUUAAACUUUGGGUCGAAAUGUCCCUGAAUUUAUCAUACAGUGUAUGCCCGGCUUCAGAGUUUAAAAACAAAGUAAUCUAGACUACAAUAAGAAAUAAGAAAUAUUCAUCAAGAAUGUUAUAUAAAUAACUUAGAAGUGGACUUAUUGAAGUCAACAGUGACUGAUUGUGUUAUAUCAGUGUUGAAGUCCAAGGUCCUGGAUGUCAGUUCUGUGUUUGACCAAUCUAUCACCCUCAGUGGGCGUUCCCACGCUUCACACUACAUCGCCUGACUUCAACAUCUAAUCAAGAAAAUAAGCUACAAGAUAAAGCUAGAAAUAAUGUCGUCACCCAUUUUCUCUUGGUUACAUUGUGCCAAAAUGAUGUCAUUUUUUGUGCAGUGUUUAUUUGAAAUGGACGUGUCAUAAUAUUUGUCUGUCUGCUUAACUUCAUUUGAACUUCAGUUGUGACCCGACUCUUUUGAAAUCAGGUUUUCUUUUUCCCACUGAACGUUCUGCAUUUCUUUAUUCAAGAUGAAAGCUUUUUUCUGUCUCCCUGUUGCAGUCCUGCUCAUUGAAUUAUUCUGUUUUGUAUGUCACCCUGACGUGUUUACUUACAGGGAUAUGCUUUUUCAGAAACUCCUGAUGAACAGAGCGCACUCUCACUUUAGCAUGCCGUCAUUUUCUUGAUUACAAACCACAGUGUGUUUCUCUCUUGUGUUUCCAACCAUGUCGCAAAGUUCACCUCAGAUUCGAAACUCUAGAUUAAUUUAUAAGAAGAACAUAACAGCCAAACAGUUGCUUUUGGUUGGCCAGCUUUUCAGGGGUCAGAAGAAGGAUGGCUUUGAAUUUCUCUCUUUUUAAUUCUUGAAAAAAACAAUUGCCAAGAUAAGACAACACCUGACUAAAACAAUCUCUGAUUUCCCUACAAUAUCCUGUUAUAAUGAAAGCCAUCAGACAUCCAAUUGAAGAGAUGUCAAUGUCUUAUGGUGCACACAUGCAAAACUUCUGAAAACUUAUUCAAGUAAUAUUUCCUGCCAGCCCUCUAAUACAUUUUCUGCAUGAAGUCGGAGAGCUGAAUGCAACAUAAAUAUUACGGCAAAUUCACUUCAAGCAAACAGAAGGGGGUUGAUGACAUUUAUAUCCUGCGACCAGCGCCCAGCCAUAGACUGUAUGCACGCUUCCGGUGUGAUCUCUGUGCACAUAAUGAAACUGUUCAUUACGGUUUUUGUUCAGUAUGUUCCAUGCUCUUCGGUUGAUACUGUUAAAAUGUCAAACUU